CCAUUUGAACCCAACCUCUUACCUGUUUUACAAGUGCCUCCAAUACUAGUGUGGCAGGGAAAUUCAGUAAAAUUGAAGUUUUUUAACAAAUCAAACACGUUAGUCCCAUCCACCCUGUCAGCCCUCUGUUCCCCAGACUGAGGAGUCCCAGCCACUCAGUGCCCCCUCCUUUCCAGCACUGCCUCAUUUGCCUUUCCCUGUGUUUUGUCUCAGCCAUUUGCUGCUGGGCUCCUCUGGGGAUGCUGUGAAAAGGCAGCAAGCUGAGUUCCAGGGGCAUUGCUGUCUCUGUUCUGCUGCUCCCUGUGCUGCUGCCUUUCCCCUGGAGUGCUUCAUGCUGCUGCUUUCCAUGAAACAUGUCCUGGGCAGGAAUAGGGAAGGAGUUGGAACAUUCCCAUGCCUAUACAUGCUCCCGUGCAGGCACCACGAGUUAGAACAGGAUUUUUUUGGGAAAAGCAUUGCCUAAGUGAAGCCAAGGGCUGACUCACACAUUCUCAGACCUUUCCCUGCUUUGCAGCCUCUCCCCACUUCUGGGGACGCUGGGUGGGCUCCGCAUCCCUUUCCCCCCAGGCUGAUGCUGAAGAUCCUCCAUGUCACAUCCUCCCCAGCCUCCCUGCACUGGAAAUGUGACAUUUCCAGUCUGGGCUUUGCUACCUAUGUGUUUGGGUUACCUUUCUUGUAGUACUUUUCCUAAAUCAACUCUCAAACCAGUUCCCUCCUUUCACUAUCAUUUCCUUGCUUCAAAUCAGCAACACUGUUACUGAACGCAGGAACCCGCCAGUCAUGCAGAGCGCCGGAAAAAAAGCGCAGAGCCACAGAGUCGCGGAAACACGGCCGAAAAAAGGAAGUUAAUGUUUCCUGAAGGCUCCCGAGAAUGACUGCGGGAAGGAAAACUACAGCUCCCAGCAGGCAGCCGGGAGCCAGGGAAGGGCAGGGUUCACCGUCACGUUUCCAGCGGAGCAUUCAGGGUGUGCGCUGGUGCCCUGCCACCAAAGGGCCUCUGGACGGAGGGCAAGGGGAAAGGCCAGCGCUGGCCUCUUCCUGUUGAUCGCCGCCCUGACCGGCUCCGAACCUGCCUGGGUUUGUGGGCGUGUAGCUGGAAUUGGCCGGAGCAGGACGGGAUGGUGGCUGUGAGGAGGGCAGGACUCGGUCAGCCUCCGGAACAGCAGGGACACACAGCUCCCUAUGAACGUCCGAGAAAGUGAAACCAAACCGUGCAGAAGGCAGAGCUCCGGGGGAAAAGGAAAAUGGAAGAGAAUCAGAGAGUGCAUCUGCUUGGAGCUGGACCAGCCCAGGCUGAGGUGGGGAGCACAGCAGAGCAUCCUGAGCACCAAAAGCACACCCAGGAAACACCUGGGCACCAAGGGACAGGCAGGUUGCCUGAGACAUCCUGCAAACCAGAGGAGGAGUCUGCAGUGUGUGAAUCAGCUGCUGGUGGGGCAGAGACAACACUCCUGGGUUCAGCUGGUCCCACACUAGAGGAGAAACCUGCCCAAGAAAUUGAGCCAGAAGAGUCUGACAAGACAAGAGAAGGUGUCUCAGAAAGACCCCUGGAAAAACAAGACUUGGAUGAAGCUGGGCUGGGCCAUGAGAGUGUGGAAAGCAAAGGAGACAGCCCUGUCCACCAGGAACCACAGGAGCACCAGGAGACAACUGGGCAGUGUGAAAGUCUCUGCACAGCAGAGGAAGAUGCCUCAUCUACAAGCAAGGCACGGAGCUCUGGCAGUGAAGUGACACAUCUGGAUGUGACUGGUGUGGAAGAUGUCCCCAGGGGCCACUUGGCAGAGAAGAGCAGCAGUGCCACUGUCCCAGACUGGGAGCCAGAGGCACCCAGAGGGCAAGAAACACAGGAGAGCGAGUCCCAAGGCACAUUAAGGAAAAGACCAAAAGGGGACACAGCCCCAAAACCAGAGACUCUGUCCUCCCUGCAGAACAUCACCACCCAAAACACAGAGCAGGAGAAGGCCAAAAAGUCCCUCCUGUGGAAAGGUGAGGAAAAGAAGCUUCCCUUGCAUGUUACUCAUCGACCAGAAGGCACUGAUCCUCCAGGAGCAAGGCUUUUCAUCCUGGGCCUCAUAGUGCUGGGCUUCUGCAUAUUCUGCUUCGGCAGCCCCACCUCCAGCUCCCAGCAGCCCCGCAGGAACCCCACGCUGGAGGCCUUCCAGUCCCAGUUCGACCUGCUGCAGCUCAGCUUCCCGGGCCAGAGCCCCGAGCUGUGGCUGCGGGGGCGCAAGUUCCUGCGCAAGCACCUGAACGCGUCGCAGCCCUCGCAGCCGGCCAUCAUCAUCCUCACGGCAGCGCGCCGCGCCGAGCGCACCUUGCGCUGCCUCAGCGCCCGCCUGGCCGACUGCUACGCGGCCGCCGUGCACGGCAGCACGGUGCACGUCGAGGGCGGCGGCAAGGCCGCGCUCCACAGCGACCUGGCCAAGCUGCAGGUGGACUCGGAGCUGAGCCAGGCGUUCCAGGCGGGCGGCCGGGCCGCCGUGGUUCACCGCUUCGAGCUGCUGCCCGCCGGCGCCACCCUCAUCUUCUACAAGUACUGCGACCACGAGAGCGCCGCCUUCAAGGACGUGGCCCUGCUGCUGACGGUGCUGCUGGAGGAGGACGUGCUGGAGAGCCACAUCAGCCUCCAGCAGGUGGAGGAGAGGGUCCGUGACUUCCUCUGGGCCAAGUUCACCGGCGCCAGGAGCCCCGGCUCCUACGACCGCAUGGACUCGGACAAGCUGAGCGGGCUGUGGAGCCGCAUCUCCCACCUGGUCCUGCCCAUUCACCCCGUGCCGACCAUCGAGGAGCGGGGCUGCUCUGCCAAAGCCUAGGGACAAAAGAGGCCAGAGCCCCGAGGAGGGUUGGGAACAUGCUCCUGGCUGGCUCUGGUACAGGCAGAGGCACCACCGGUGUUUCGUCUCUUCAGUUUGUUUCUUGUAGGUUCCUGGGAACAGUUUGACAGGAACAAGUUGAUCCAGGAUAUUUGGGCAGCUGAGUCCUGGAGGUGAUACACACACUUCUUUCUGGGAGAUGGGAACAGGGGGUGUUUUAGAGUUCCACAGGAGAACACUAACAUGUGGGGAGGCAGGAGGGAAAACAGGACCUGGCAGGAACAUCGAUGUAUGGGGAUGCAGGAGGGAAAACAGGACCUGGCAGGAACAUCAGUGUAUGGGGACGCAGGAGGGAAAACAGGACCUGGCAGGUAGCCUUUCUAUCAAGAAAGAGACAAAUAGUGUUCACAAUUAGUACGACAGAAAGAUGCUGGGAUUCAGCAGCUCUUUCAUCUCUCCCUGCCCCUCAGCUUGCUUAAGUUGUGCAUAUCAGUCUCACAACAUAUUUUAUCCAGGGAGCUGCUGGAACACAGAAAGGUCAAAUUCCUCAAGGCCCAACAUUUUGAAGGCAUGCUUGAAAAAGAAAUGCAGUUUGCCAGUCAGGGGUGUUACCUGUCAGCUCCAGUAGUGUCCCACUGGCACAGCCUGACUGACACCAGGCAAAGCCCAGAUCCUCAGACAAACCUGCAAUUCAGAGAUCCCCUAAACAUCAAUUACCAGAAAUUCCAGUUGUCAGCACUUGAACACUACCCUAAUGGCAGGGAUCCCAGGAGGGCAUCCCACGUGCCAGAGAACAAGCUCCAGAACCAGAGAGCAGUGAAACAGUUGCUGCCACUGUGAUAGUGUGAAGCCUCAAGGGAUUGCACAGGUGAAAAAGUGAAUAAUACAAUGUAAUUUAAUGCUUGUCUCUCUAAAACAAGUCCCCUCAAUCCCUUUGCCACACAGAGGCUGUGAAUCUCUCCUCAGGCUGGUGCUUUGGUCCCACAAAACAGAUUGUUCUUCACCUGGAUCUCUGGUCUGUGUGCAGGGCUGGCAGCCUGUCCCAGCCUCUCCCCAGGUGACUUCUAUUGAUGAAUGCAGAUGUUAACAUUGGUAUUUCAAACCAUGUAGGGUAGCACACUAGGUCCUUGCCCUCCAAGGGUACAUUUGCCUCCCUGCCAGGCAGAUGGAGCUCUGGCACCUCCCAAAGCAAGUAGGAGCAGAGCUGGGUUAGCUGGUAAAGACCAAAUCUCUGCCAUUAACACUAAAAUUCCUUGACAAAUUUUCUGUGCCUCCUCUUCUGCAUCCUAGGAAGAGAAAUCCAAGUCCUGGAAGCACUGUGUUUUUGCAGUGCUGUGGGGCAGGGCAGCCAACUCAGGAGCACCUGGAGGGGCAGGUGCAGGUCACAGCAUUUUUGAUAAACCAAGGGCAGCCCCAGGGACCAGCCCCACGUGCCUGUGCAGAAGGAGCAGCUGCAGCAGAUGUGGCCUUGCAGAGCCAGGCUCUGUCCAAACAAGAACAAAUCACAGCACCACAGUGUUCUUUAGCAGCUGCACAUCAGGGUGCUUCUCACAGCAGCUGGACCCUGGUGUGGGAUGCGUCUCCUGCCAACAGUGCCUUGCUCAUCUGCCCCACCAAGGGCUCGGGGAGGUGCAGCCCUGCACCCCAAAAACCACAGCCUGUCUCUUCUUCCCCCCUGCCGUGUGCCUUGACCUGUCCCAGGACCUUAGUGGCCCUUAACUUGGAGGAGGGGACAAAGUGAAGGAAGAGGGAGGGUUAUUUGUUCAAAGAACAGACUUUUUGGUUGGUUUGGGACAUGAAGACAAGAUACCACAAGGGUUUUUUUAACUGUUAUAAACACUGGGCUAAAUGUGAGAACCACCUGCUGGAGCCCAUGGUUUGAUACAAGAUGCAGAUUGCUUCCUCCUCUCCCUCUUUUCUAUUGCUGUACACUACUUGGGUGAGAGAAAUCACUGUAUCCUGCUCUGCAGGGUGUGGAUGUAAGGACCAGCAGAGCAUUAAUCAUGCUAUGCCAGUAUUUUGGUGGAAAUCUGUAUUUUAAUGUUCUCUCUCUCCAUUUUGCAUACUGUGUUUGCAAUGCAUAGCCCAGGUAUGCAAAGGCUGAAAGUGUCACCCACCUGAGUUCUUCCAAUACAGAGAUAUUUUUAUGGCCUUCUAAAGACAAAUAUCUGCUUGCUUCUGGAACAGGAUUUCUAUUUAAAAAUAAAUGGUGAGAUUGUGAAAGAAGCCAGCAAAGUGAGA